GGACACUCGCGAAUCCGCGUGUUCAUCUCUGGUGGCGUUGGCGAUUAUGCGGUUUUCACCAUGAAGCAUGGAUGAAGUGCACGGCGAAGAAAACAAGUGCGCAAAAAGUGAAGUCUUUCGCAGAGUGACGUCCGAUACAUAAUGGAAACACCGCACGGUUAGUGUUGAGCAAAACAAUGUGAAUUAUGCAAACGAUACUGUGAUGAAAUCGUUGAGCUGCUUGACACAUCAAUGCAACAGUGUCGCGCUUGCGACCAUUGUGUUCCUGCUAACGGCGAUGAUCGACGUACGAGAGCAAACGGUGUUGACGGAACAUCCGCCUGCUGCAGAGGAUGUACAAGAUUCUAAACAAAUCAUCUCAAACAGUAGAAUCCAAUCUCCAACAAUGUCAGCACCGCUGUCAACACCGUCAACCGACUCUGCGCCAUCGUCGACGCCCUCGGCGGCUCCGUUGCCAGUCUCGCAGGCCGCGUCAACGUUACAAAUGGCAACACUGUCAUUUCCGUCGUCGUUGACAGUGUCUGCGGAAAGUCUCAUCCAAAGCGUAACAUCAGCAGGUACGGACAGUCCAACACGUCUGCACCGCGAGUCAUCAGCUGUCAUGGGGCUGGGUUCGGCGGGCUCGGUGACGACAGCAGGCACGACGGUGACUUCUGGAACGCAUCCUGUCCCGACCGUGCACGACGAUAGUUUCGGGUCGGAGUCAACGGUGGCCCAGAAUGGCGGAAGUAGCACUUUUACCCGCCACACCACAUUUCGACCAUUGCUCAUACCUACGUUACCUGAUGUGAGACGUAGUCGAGUAGUCCAUUCGAUGCCUUAUCAGAGCAAGCAUCACCACGAGCGUCACUGGGGUCCUUUUUUCGAGGAACCGGUCAAUGUGACUUCCGGAGCCGCCCUGCAGGUCGGAUAUCAUUUAUCAACGGAAGCAAUCCUCAACUGUAGGGUAGGAAUGCUUAAAGAUAAAACGGUCAUGUGGAUCCGGAGGACCACCGACAAGGUGUCGUUACUCACCGUCGGCAAUAAUACGUACAGCGGGGAUCCCCGGAUAAAGGUCAAAUUUCAAUAUCCCAAUAAUUGGAGGCUACAUAUCAAGCCGAUCAAAUCUGAUGACGCCGGUCUGUACAUGUGCCAAGUGUCGACACAUCCGCCUCGAGUCUUUGCCACGAAUCUGACCGUGCUGGAGCCCGCUGUACGGAUAGUGGACGAGAUGGGCUACGAGUUCUAUGAUCGUUAUUACAAAUUAGGCAGCACGAUCGAUAUAUCAUGCCAAGUGUCGAUGUCGUAUUUGGGCAGCCUUCCGCCGAGCCCUCCCAGUCUAGGUUCCCACCAACGGUCGAAGGCCGCUGCUGUUCCACCAGCGAACGCUCUGCUCCUACCGGUGUCUGGAGACGAGCUGUCCAAAUACGACUCACGACGCAGCAAAGAGAGUAACAAAUUGUCGGAUACGACAGAAAGUGGACUGAUUAGCUGGAAGAAGGAUGGCGCUGAGCUGCCGAAGGAUAUCAAGAUGAGUUUUAGCGGAACCAAGCAGUGGCUCAUCAGCCGGAUAUCGAUUCUGCAGGCGAACCGAUUUCACAAUGGCGUCUACAACUGUACCGUCGCUGGCAGGCAGAGCACGUCGGCCCAGGUGCAGGUCCUGAACGGUGAAACACCGGCCGCCGUUCAGCAUAAUUUUGGCCAUCGCAUCGAGGCGGCAUUCGAAUUCCGAGCGACAAUCGUGCUGAUGAUAACCUGGAGUCUCCUUCUGCAUAUCGACAGGAUACAGGUGUCCGGUGUCCUCGGUUCGUAAUCGAUACGACAACAACCCCUUUGUUCACUGUUGCCCUAUUCCUGGUCUUGGAUCACAUUUCAUUCUUGCAGUUAAAGGAUGAUUGAAUGGAACAUUGAAUGGUUCAAGUUAUGUUCCAUGCAGGCACUUUCCAGCACAAAC